UUAAAUCCGCAUGUGUACGGUAAGUUGGCCCGUUCCACAGAGGAAAGAGAAAAAAUUGGUACUCCCUAUUCUACCCUUCCUACAAACGCUCCUGGAGCAGGGAAUUUGAAAUGGGGCAAGAGUUUUUUCCACCCUGCUAUUAUAUGUUUUUAAUUUAAAAAGUUAUAACAAAGAUACUUAGUGUGAUUGGUUGUGAUCCUUGUCUUUCUUUAAAAUGGUCAUGGUUCGAAUCCUAGUAUGUAUCUUUUUAAUGAAUAAAAAAAGUAAUUGUGAAGACCAAAAUGUCCUUCCUAUUUUCACUCUCGUUGCAGGAAAUUUGAAAUGGGGCUCCCGUUUUUCACUUCGGUGUAUUAUAGUAUGUGUAGAUUGCUGGCAGGUCUCCUGGGGUGGAAGCAAAGGACAUUGUCCUGGCCGGCAAAGGAGACUUUAAUUAAGUCAAUAGCUUUGGCCUUGCCUCUGCAUGUUAUGUCGUGUUUCCGGUUGCCCCUCUCUCUUUGUCGUCUUUUGGAUAGACAUGUGGCCCGGUUCUAGUGGGGAGCUGAGGAGGGCCAACCCAAGAUUCGGUGUGUGUCCUGGCGUCACCUUUGCAGGAGUAAGCAUGAUGGGGGUUUGGGAUUUCGCCGGUUUGAGCAUUUUAACCAAGCUCUCUUAGCUAAGAUUGGCUGGCGUAUUCUCAACGAACCUCAAUCCCUCCUGGCUAAGGUGUAUAAAGGGAAGUACUUUCCUCAAGGAACUUUUCUGGCUACUACAGCUCGUUCACGCCCUUCUUGGGGAUGGCAGAGUAUCAUAUUUGGGCGCCAGUUAUUGGAGGCAGGUUUAAUAUGGCAGAUCGGCAAUGGCCUUUCGGCCUCCCUUAUCCACUCUAAUUGGAUCCCUGGGCUUCAGCUGGAUCCCCCUUGCUAUAGUCCCCGGGUCCUGCCAGAUGGGGGGAUCCCUUGGUGGCGGAGGUAAUUUGGCAAGGGGAAGGGCGUUGGGCGGAGGAUAAGCUUAGUUAAUGGUUUGACCCAUCUACCUGUUGAGCCAUUAAGGCUAUCCCACUUACGCGGCAGAAUGUGGAUGAUAAACUGAUUUGGCAUAACACACCUGAUGUGGUGUUCUCGGUUAAGACGGCCUAUCAUUUGGCAGUUGAGCUAGACAGGAGGAGGGGUGGGUGGCGGGCCUCAGUUAGUUGGAUGGAUAGGCCAAGCUGGAUCCGGUUGUGGGAGGCUAAGAUUCCUCCUAAGCUGAAAGUCUUUGUCUGACAAAUUCUUCAUCGUGCUCUGCCAACCACCGAGGCUCUCAUUGAAAAGAAGGUUCAUGUGGUACCCCGGUGUCCGGUUUGUUGGGAUGGUCCCUAGACUAUGGAGCACAUGUUUCUAUACUGUCCGGUCGCGCGGGCUCUCUGGGACUACUCGGGAUUGGAAUAUUUAGGGGAGGGUUUGCCUCGGCACACGUUUCCGUUGUUUCUUAAGCGGAUGCUCGCCCUUGUCCAUCACCAGUCGCUGUUUAUGGCUGUGGUUGCCAUCCUUUGGCGGAUCUGACGAUCGCGGAACUGGGUUGUCUUUGAAGGCAAACAGUUUGGGAUCCCGGCUUUAAUGCGUCAAUUUCACCAGCAGGACGAGGAAUGGGAGGGUCUGCCAGUUGACUAGGCCCUGAGAAUAUCCUGCCCGGUGGUCCAACCAGAGACCCAAGUGGUUGAUUCUCGUCUGGUUUGUAUGUGGGAUUGGGCCACUAGGCGGGGGUCACAUUCGGCUGGUGGGAUGGUUCUUUUUGAUCCGGGGUGGACGCUCCUUCGAGCUAAAGGUGUGCAAUUUGCGCAAAUUGAGGAGCCACUGGUAGUGGAGUUGCUUGCGCUUCGGGAGGCUAUCAUCUGGUGUUUAGAGUGUGGCUUGUCUGAAGUUAGGUUCGGGGGUGAUGCAAAGGUCAAUAUUGACAAGAUUAAUCAAGCCAACACGAGCGACAGUCACUUGGGGGCAGUCCUGGACGAGAUUUGUCAGUAUUUUCGUGCCCAUCCGGGGUUUAGUGUGCGGUUUGUAGGUCGGGAGAAUAAUAGGGUAGCUCAUUCGGUAGCUAGAAAAGCCAUCUCUUUGUACCCGACUGUAAAUCGUUUCUUUGAUUUCAGGGCCUGACUGCUAUCCGGGAUGUAACUAUCUUUUUGAUUGGAUUAAUAUAUGAUAUCUUUUGAAAAAAAAUAUGUUUAUUUAAUAAAUUAUUUUAUUUUGAUGGUAUAUAUAAACUAAUUAAUUAUUCUAAGUUGACCAUGUAUAUAUAAUAUAUAUAUUGAUGAGAUAUGAUGGAUUUAAGUGUUUGAAUUUUCACUAUAUUUUGCCAUCAAGUAGGAACUAUUUUGGUGUAGUUAUUAGUUAUCUCCUAUAAAAAAUUACUAAAUGUUUUACAUGAAUGAAUAAUAGAAUGAAUUUUUUUCUAUAUAUAUCCGGGCCAAUUUGCGCCAAACCGGGUUAAAGCGAUUGGAUCAUUAACCCUCAACCGGGCUAACGGGCUAAACCAGGUUGACAAGUAAAGUCCGGACGAGUAUCUUGAUAUCUAAAAUCAUAAAUAUACUUAAAUAAUUGAGAAAUUAUGAUUCUAAAACUUUAUUUUAGCUAAAAUACGAGAUAAUAAAAUUAAAAAUUAAAAUAAAGUGAUUAAAAUUUA